UUCUACCUUCACACCAAUCUGCUCAAAAUAUCCAAACACCAUCGCCAACAAGCUGAAGAAGAGGACCAAGAAUCAUCUCCGGCGACGGCUCAUGACGCCCCCAUCGUUUCCCCCUACAACGCCCGGAUCCGGCCACUGCUGGACACCGUAGACAAGCUGCGCCACCUCAAGAUCAUGCAGGAAGGCAUGCAGCUCCCCAUCAUCGUCGUCGUCGGCGACCAGUCCUCCGGCAAAUCCAGCGUCCUCGAAUCCCUUGCCGACAUCCGCCUCCCCCGCGGCGACGACAUCUGCACCAGAGUCCCUCUCAUCAUGAGGCUCAAGAAUCACCCGAGCCCCGAGCCUCAGCUCUUCCUCGAAUUCAACGGCAGAACCGUUCAAACUGACGAAGCCAACGUCGUCGAUGAGAUCAUGUACACCACUCAGGAAAUCGCCGGCAAAGGGAACAGGAUCUCCAACACCCCCUUGACUCUCGUUGUCAAGAAGAAAGGCGUCCCCGACCUCACCAUGAUCGAUCUCCCCGGAAUCACUAGGGUUCCAGUCAAGGGCCAGCCGGAGGAUAUGUUCGACAUCAUAAUGAAGUACAUUACGCUGGAGGAGGGCAUAAUUUUAAACGUUCUAUCCGCCAGCGUCGAUUUCUCGACAUGUGAGUCGAUUCAGAUGUCGCAAAAAGUGGACAAAACAGGGCAGAGGACUCUCGCCGUUGUCACGAAAGCCGAUAAGUCGCCGGAGGGGCUGCUCAAGAAGAUCGUCGCAGACGAUGUCAAUAUCGGCCUCGGCUACGUCUGCGUCAGAAACCGCAUCGGCGACAAGACUUAUGAAGAAGCGAGGGAUGAAGAAGCCAACCUCCUCGACAAUAAUCCCCUGCUUUCGAGGAGAAGAAGAGGAAGGACAAUGCGGCAGCGGCGGAGAGAGCGACGGCGGUGGAAAUGA